GACUGGUAUCAUGGCCGCUCACAAUCUGAGCGAUGAAUUGAGCGUAGCUGAACAAGCUUUAGAUAUGCUUGCAGGGGAGGUGGCUGGACAUGCUAAAGUUCAGUGGGACCCGGGAAAUAGCAAGGAUUGGGACAAUGAAAAACCCACACAACAAUGCUUCCUCAGGAUCAAAAGAGAUAUCAUGAGUAUAUACAGUGAGCCUCCGCCAGGAAUGUGUGUGGUGCCGGAAAAAGAUGAUUGGACAUUAAUUCAUGCCUUGAUCACUGGACCAUACGACACACCAUACGAGGGUGGAUUUUUCUACUUCAUGAUCCGUUGCCCGCCCGAUUACCCUAUACGUCCACCAAGGGUCAAGCUGGUCACAACUGGGGAUGGCCAAGUCAGGUUUAAUCCCAAUCUGUACAAGAAUGGAAAAGUCUGUCUCAGUAUAUUAGGCACCUGGUCAGGCCCGGCUUGGAGCCCUGCACAAAGUCUAGCAAGUGUCCUUAUAUCCAUACAGUCACUCCUGAAUGAAAAACCAUACCACAAUGAACCUGGUUUUGAACACGAACGCACAGCUGGUGAUGCCAAGAGAUACAAUGAGAUAAUUCGCCAUGAGACGCUGAGAGUGGCUGUGUGUGACAUGCUGGAGGGCAAGUGUAAAUGUCCCCCUGAACUUGUAGAGGUAAUGAAGAAGUCAUUUCCAACGUACUAUUCCUACUAUGUAUCAUCCUGUCAGGGGAACAUGCAACUAAACGGUCAGACGAUGCAGGAUCCAUUCGGAGAGCGUCGGGGAAAAUUUGAUUUUCGGACUAUUAUAAAAAGACUUGAGGAUGUCAAAAGUAAAAACCACUGUGAUGAUGAUGACCUUUCUGACAUGGACUCAUCGAGCGACUCAGAAAAUGAUGGUCAUACAAAAGACUCGACAACCAAUGCUGUACCUGCCAGUGCUAUAGCAACCAAUGCCAUGGAAACCGAUGCCAUGGCAACCGGGGCACUUCCAGUGGCAACCAAUUCCAUAGCAGCCGUAACCAUGGCGACAAGUGCUAAUUCUGUACAUAUGCACGUGGAUGGUGCCACCAGCAAUUCAUGUAAUGAUGAUGAGCCAAUGUCUUGAUGGACAGGAUAACUGAACCAAUUUUUUGUUGACAUGGACAUGGGCAAUUUGAAAUUUUGACAAGUGUUUAGGAUUUCAAAUUAUCACCAUUUUUGUGACCAGAUCCUUUUUUGGUUAACGGUUUUAUUUACUCCUUUCAUGAUGGUGACCUAUCACGUCAAGAUGGGUUAUAAGUCGAAUUUCGGGCAUAUGGAGUUGUCCACAAGAUCUUAGAGCUUAGGUAAUCGGAUACAUUUUGAUACCUCUCCCAUCUUUGUUUCCUUGUGGUGCCUGAGAUCUUCACAAAAAUUCUACCUCGGAGAUGACGACGGAGGGGGAUGGAGUCUGAAGGCAGUGCAGCUCUCUAUUAAGGACAGCACCAGUCAGUCCUUAAUAGAGAGGUUCUACUGUACUCUCAAUAUUAGUAGGAAACAACCGAUUUGGGACCAAAACUAGUGUCCUUAAUAGAGAGGUUGUCCCUGAUAGAGAGGUGUCGGCAAGGGAGGUUCCACUGUAUAACUUUUACUUCUCUGUCCAAGUGCAUGACGUUGUAUUGUCGAAAGUAUUUAUUCUGUUUCUGCUAUUCGAUGUUUUAUACUAUGUAUACAUAAAAGAAUGUCUUGCCUUGGUUUAAGGUGGGUGACCCAUUUCCAAAUACAGUGUAGAUGUUCACAUGCACAGCGUGUAGUUCUAUAUCAUCCUGAGUAAUCAACUUCAUCUUGUAUGUAUCCUAUUUAAAUCCAAUUCCUGGUAUUGCAUUAAAUAGACUUGCAUUAAUCAGAUAAUUACAUAUAACAGUUGGUCUUCCAAGUAUAUCCAUGUUGCUGACAUGUAUGUACACUAUGAUCAUUGGUGCUUCUGGUGUUGGUUGGGGAGAGAAAUUAGCAGAUUUCUUGCGUACAUGUACAUGUAUUUGUGUUGUAUUGUAUAAAAUCGUUUCUCUUUCAGAUCGAGACAGUACUAAUAGUCUGGCUCAAGUUUAAAUCAAAAAAGAUUUAUCUGUCAAGAGCAUGGAACGAAUAAAAAAGCUUAUAUUUUAUUUUUAAACUUGUACAUGUAUGCUUUGUAGGUCAUUCCAAGACUUUGUAUGUACGUAUGUAAUUGUGGUAUAAGUUAAAAUCGGCUAUAUCCGAAGAGAGUGUCAUAUUCAUUAAUAAUGUCUUCAGCAGUCUCCCACAAGAAAUGUAGACCCUUCAGCAUUGAAGUGAACUCCCUGUAUUCUGGUUGUGACACCGUCUUCA